AUGAGCAGAGGUAACCAAAGAGAUAAAGAUCGUGAGCGUGCUCAGAAGAAAGCUGCUGCUAACAAUAAAGGUCCAAAGCAAUCCGCUCAACGUCUGUCGAACAAGAGAGAAGCAGAUGCUCAGGCUUUGGCCGCUAAAGUAGCCGCAAAACAAGCCAAAGCUACAGUCACUUCAUCUUAGAUGUACUUAUAUUUCAAUUCCUUCGCGGUUCUAUGGUCUUUAAUUGAUAUACACAAUAUAACUCAAAUUCACGAAAAGCACCUACUAAUUGAGACGGACUAACAGCUUGAUUUAUGAUACUAACUUCACCAGUGGAUCUACCACAUUCCUGUGAUAUUUAAAAAAUGUGAAGCAUUAUCAUGCUUGGUACAUUUAGUCUUCUUAUAGGAGUAUACCUUUAUACGCUUUAAGUUAGAUACCCGAAAUGCAUUCUAGGAAGCUAUGUAAUGUUUGGAACCAUCAGUUGGUAGUUCGAAAGACUCUAGGUGAUAUUCACAUAGACUGAGACAGAAACAAACAAAACAACACAAAUCUAUGAGCAUUAUAGUUUAAUUCAGAUCAUUACAUAACUUUAAAAUCUGUUUAAUACUAUCAUGUGUAUCAACUUAAUCAAGUAAUAGCGUCUCUUAGUGCAUUAAAUUUCUACCCAUCGAAUGGUCUUAUAACCCGGCUACACUAAGGCGACUUACUACAUAUUUGAACAAAAAUAUCCACCUUCUAAUGC